AUGAGUGCAAGAUUCCUUUAUUCCGGUUUAGCCGGUGCAGGUAUUGGAUCCGGUAUUGCAACUUAUUUCUGGGGUAAAUCAAGCUCAUCGAGUAAUACUAGUGUAGCUGCACCUCCUCCAGUUGUUGGUGGAUCUGGUGCACCAAACGGUAAACUGACAGCUAUUGGUAGUAAUUUAAAUCCUGCCGCUUUUUUUCAAUAUGGUUUCCCGGGACCUGUGCAUGAUCUGGAGAAUAGAGAUGAAUUCGUCUCAUGCUUCAAUAGACAGACAAGAAAUCCAUAUUGGGUCGUCGAACAUAUUACACCCGAGUCUUUAGCUGGCAAAAAUGCUGAUAGAAAGAAUUCAGUGUUUAAAGAAGAUGAGGCUAUCCCUGAAAUGUUCAGGGGAAGACUGAGAGACUAUUUUAGGUCAGGUUACGAUCGUGGUCAUCAGGCACCAGCCGCUAAUGCUAAAUUCUCUCAAAAGGCCAUGGACGAUACUUUUUAUUUGACUAACAUGUGUCCACAAGUUGGUGAUGGAUUUAACCGUGAUUACUGGGCUCAUUUGGAAUACUUCUGUAGACAAUUGGCGGGCCAAUAUAAUAGCGUUAGAAUUGUCACUGGACCACUUUAUUUGCCAAAGAAGGAUCCUGUAGAUGGCAAAUCUAGAGUUACAUAUGAGGUGAUCGGUAACCCACCUAGUAUAUCAGUUCCUACUCAUUUCUUCAAAUUGAUUGUUGGUGAGAAACCUGUUAAAAGCCCAAAUUCUGAUAACAUUUCCGUGGCGGCUUUUGUGCUUCCUAAUGCACCUAUUCCUAACGAGACGAAGUUGACUGAUUUUGAGGUCCCUGUGAAUGCAUUAGAGAGAAGCUCAGGCUUACAAUUUUUCCAAAGAGUGCCAGAAAACAAGAAGAAAGCGUUAUGCGAGGAAGUUGAAUGCAAAAUUACUGUUAGAGAAUUUCAGAAGGCUUUACCACAACCGAAGCAACAGCUGUCGCUACCUCCACCUAAAUAA